UGUCGCAGCUCGCUCUUCGCUCUCGGUGUGGACUGGAAAGGAUGCGUUUCGUGGGGAAAUACCGAACUCGAGAGGAUGGUGCAGGAACGUGACGCGCUUUAGAGAGAGGGAGAGAGGGAAGAGAGGGAGAGAGAGAGAGAGAGAGAGAGAGAAGAAACAAGGCAGUGGCGAUGGUGCGCGCUGGAGCCAUGAACACCAAGAACUCGGUGCCAAGCGCUGCGACGUGCUUUGGCUUGGUUCUAACAGCCACUUUUCUCCUCGUGUGGAUGUGUACAGUCAAAGCCGCAGGACUGGACAGCAUGCUGUCGAUGUCUGUCUGUGCGCUCGGACAGUUUCCAUGUGGAAAUCUGAGCAUCUGUCUGCCUCAGGUACUGCACUGUAAUGGCUUGGAGGACUGCCCAAACGGAGCUGAUGAGGAGCACUGCGGCGAUAACAGUGGUUGGGCUGACUUUUUUGACAGGACUAUUAAGAGAUCCUUCCCAGCAGAGCAGUCGACAGACUGCUUUCUGCAGUUAUACCCAGACGGCUGCCAGUGCACUGAGAUGGAGCUCCAAUGUGUGCGCAUCGGUUUGAGUUCCAUCCCACAUGUGUCAGCUAAUGUUACGUCCCUGUCUCUUAAGAGCAACAAGAUUCGAGUAUUACCUGAAGAUGCCUUCAUGAAGUACACAGAGCUUCAAAGGUUGUUUCUUCAGGAUAACUGCAUAAGCUCUGUGUCUAGCCAGGCUUUUAGUGGACUAUUCAAACUGCAGAAACUAUCUCUGAGCCAGAACUGCAUCUCUGUGUUAAAACCUGGAGUCUUCGCUGACCUCCACCAACUCAACUGGCUAAUUCUAGACGACAAUCCUCUGAAAAGCAUCACUGUGAACACCUUCACCGGCCUGAAGUCUCUCUUCUUCCUGUCCAUGGUGAACACCUCACUGGAGCUGUUACCUUCAUCCAGGCUCUGCACUCACAUGCCCUCUCUCAACUGGCUGGACUUUGAAGGGAACCAGCUUCAGAAGCUGAACUACUCUACCCUGCUCUCCUGUGAUGAGCUCACUGUGCUAUCACUGCGGGCUAAUCGGAUUAAGGUUCUUCCCGAGAACACUUUCCAAGCGCUGCGUGUGCUGGGAGAGCUGGACCUCUCCAGGAAUCAGAUAAAGGACUUACCCGUCAACAUAUUCAGGGGUCUGCAGUCUCUGCAGAUACUGAAUCUGUCCCAGAACCCACUAAACAACAUCCAUCUGAGCCAGUUUGAUUCCCUCACUCAACUCCAGUCACUGGGCCUGGAGGGUGUGGAAAUCCCAGACAUCCAAACUCGCAUGUUCCAGCCUAUGAAGAACCUCUCCUACAUAUACUUCAAGAAGUUCCAGUACUGCUCAUAUGCGCCACAUGUGCGGAAGUGCAAGCCCAACUCCGAUGGCCUCUCUUCCUUCGAGGACCUGCUGGCGAGUGUGAUCCUGCGCGUGUCCGUGUGGGUGAUGGCCUUCAUCACCUGCUUCGGGAACCUCUUUGUCAUCGGCAUGCGAACCCUCAUCCGUGCCGAAAACAAGCUGCACGCCAUCUGUAUCAAGGUUUUGUGCUGUGCGGACUGUCUGAUGGGGGUUUACCUGUUCUUCGUUGGAGUCUUCGACGUGAAAUUUCGCGGAGAAUACAACAAGAACGCCCACGUGUGGAUGGAAAGCACGGAGUGCCGCACCAUCGGCUUUCUUGCCAUGCUGUCCUCUGAAGUGUCCGUCAUGCUGCUCACCUACCUGACCUUAGAGAAGUUCCUGGUCAUCGUGUUCCCCCUGAGUCACCUGCGGCCAGGCAGGAGUCAGACUUUCGCUGUGCUGGCUGUGAUUUGGCUGCUGGGCCUGUCCAUCGCCGCCGUGCCGCUGCUCAGCGAGGAGCUUUUUGGAAACUAUUACGGCCGCAACGGGGUCUGCUUCCCCCUGCACUCAGACCGCAUAGAGAAACCCACCGCCAAAGGGUACUCCACAGGCAUAUUUCUGGGACUCAAUCUGGUGGCCUUCCUCAUCAUCGUCAUCUCCUACUCCAGCAUGUUCUACUCCAUCUAUAAAACAGGCAUCAACGCCACAGAGCUGCGCAGCCGGCUGCACAAAGACGUGGCUGUGGCCAACCGCUUCUUCUUCAUCGUGUUCUCUGACGCCCUCUGCUGGAUCCCCAUAUUCCUGGUCAAAAUUCUCUCCCUGCUGGAGGUGGAGAUCCCCGGAACCAUCACAUCAUGGGUGGUGAUCUUCAUCCUGCCCAUCAACAGUGCCUUAAACCCCAUCCUGUACACGCUGACCACCAGCUUCUUCCGAGAGCAGGUGGAAGUGCUUCUGUGCCAAUGGCAGAGACACACGUCCCUCAAAAAGGAACGCAAGAGCUUGACCACUUCGGUCAUGGAUAUGGACCACUCGCGGCGUCAGUACUGCCCACAAGGCUUCCUGCCACGGACAUCCAUUUUAAACAUAGAUGGCAGUUUCAGAUGAACCUUAGGAGGAGAGUGUUCCGCAAAGACCUCAUGUGACCUUACAAACUGAUCAUUUUGGAAAGGAGGCUUGGUCCCACCGAUGUUGCUGGGUGACAAGCUGACGCUGUUCUUCAUCACAAGGAAAGAGUUGGUGGAACUUCUGUUGAACUGGAGAUGAAGAGGCGGUCCUUCCAGUGAUCUACAACCUUAACAGGCAUGAUAUUCAUGAACUGAAAGACAUUUCAUAUUCUGAAAUACAUUUUCAGGUAGAGCUUCAGAAACCAUGGCGUUUUUUUUCCAAACAGUGAAGCAGAAAUGUCUAAAAUGGAAUAAACUCUGUGGAAGAUGUGCUGCUAAGCUGUUUUGCUGCUAAAUAUCUCAGGUGAGUUUAGCAAAAGCAUUGUAGUUCUGAAAUAAUUGUACAAUGCUGCUUUUAUUUAAACUCUAAGACUAAGGAAACUCUAAGACUAAGGAAAAAUAAACCCAUUUUAAAAACUUUGUGGCACGAUUAUUGGCACCCUGAGCAAUCUGAGACCCCUCCUCAACACAGAAUCCCAAUAUUCUCCAAAGUUCUAGACCUUUUCUUUUGAACCCUCCUCUUUGGCUUUCCCCACAGGUUUACAAUGGGGUUUUGGUCAGGGAACUAAAACGAGAAGCUUGAUUCUGUGGUCAUUUUUGUGGAUUUGGAUGUAUGUUUUGGAUCAUUGUCCUGCUGGAAGAUUCAACCAUGACACAGGUUUAGCUUUUUAGCAGAGGCAGACAAAUUCCCUUCAUUGCUUUCCAUGAUGCCAUAUAUCCUACCAAGAUUCUCAGAGCCUUUGAAGGAAACCCCCAAGUCAUCACAGGCCCUCAACUAUACUUAAUGGUGUGCAUGAUAGUAUUUUCUAUAUUUAAUCCAUGUUUAUAUGCCAAGCCCACCUUGAGUGUUUGUUGCCAGAAAGCUCUUAUUUGACCUUAGUACCCAGUUGUAGUCAAAGUUUCAGUAGCAUCUUCUGGAAUAUUUGCAAAUACUUAAUGGCAUGGAGAUGACAUCUAAUUGUAGUUUUGGAGGCUUACUGACCUCAAAAUACUGCCAUCUUCUAUAAUCAUUGAAGAUUUUUUGGUCACUCUAACUCUAAGGUAAAAUGUGUCUUCUUCCAGGCAGGUUCACUACAGCUCUGGUUGUUUUAAACUUCUUCAUUAUCACUCUAACAGUGUUUGAAGGGAAUUUGGCCUCUGUGUCACCUCAUAUAUAUACCCCAGUGUAAUAGGAA